UCCUCAGUUCAAAAUAUUAAAUAUCCCUCUCUCUCAUUCCACGCCAACGAAGAGGAAGACCCGUGGGCAGAUUGCUAUUCCUAUAGAUUGAGGGAGAGCGAAGGAGGUGAAGAGUUUCUCGCCGGAGCUUCGUAUCGUUCAGGGGUUCUCCCGAUCAGGAGUUUUUCUUUGGGUUUUGCGUCGAAUCGGGAUCCGUUCGGGGGACAGAUGGAGAAAUCGGCUGCGGCGGCGUCUCCGUCGAGCGCGGCGUCGUCCGGGUACGUGGCGUGGGAGGAGGUGCCCGUGUCGAGCGACAAGGGGAGGAGGGAGGUCCAUUUCUUCCUGAGGCGGAGGGACGGAGGCAAAGAUCUGGCCGUGGUGGGGCGGGAAAGGACCUUGAGGCACAUGUCCUACAACUGCGCGUUGCGGAGCCGGUCCGCGAUUGGGCUCGGGGAUUCCUCGCUGGUCUCGAGCCUCAAGUGCCGAAGGGAGGUCGUCGACUGGUUGAACUCCGUCAUUCAAGGUCGGUCAUCUGAACAGCAGCAUCAUGCGGACAGUGGCUUUUUGGCUAGAGAAGGUGCACAGAAGCUGGAUGUUGGUUUCCCUAGGGAUUCUCUGACUGCGAAACUGGGUCAUUCUUCCAAGGAGAUCCAGUGGAUAGGCUCCCCGUGGACAUGCAAAAAAAAGCGGAAGCAUUUUCCUUCUUUUCUCCGUAAAGGUGUCAAAGUCUCUGUUCAUGAUUUUGUGUAUGUUCUUGCUGAAGAGGAUAAACGACUGGUUGCUUACUUAGACGAUAUGUUCGAGGAUUCCAAGGGCAACAAGAUGGUUGUUGUACAAUGGUUUCACAAAGUUGAUGAGGUUGGGAUGGAUUUGCCUCGCAAUUUUAAUGACAGAGAGAUUUUCUUUUCUCUUUGUCUUCAAGAUCUCAGCAUCGAAUGUAUUGAUGGAUUGGCUACUGUCCUCAGUCCCCAGCAUUUCAAUAAAUAUAUGAAUGAGGCAAGCAAAUCUUCUUUGGAAAUAUUUGUUUGCCAUAACCUCUUCGAAGAGGAUGAGAUGAAGCCUUUUGAUAUUACUCAAGUUGAAGGAUACUGGAAUCAGGAUGUCCUGAAACGUAUGAAUCCCUUUCCUCUACCGAAACCUCCACUAAGAUCUCAGGUGACUGAAUUUCCACGAGAUAUUAAAUGCAAUGUUGAUGAAGAUGGUGGUAUCAGACCUGCAAAGAAGCAACGCCAUGUGAAGGAAAGUGAUGACAUUGAGAUGCAUUGUUCGAAUGAAUGCUCUGAGCAAAAAAUAAUGAAGAAAGACCCUCCACAUCAUUUCAUCGUAGGUUCUGAAGUCGAGGUGCUAUCUCAAGACAGUGGCUUGAGGGGAUGUUGGUACAGAGCUUUAAUCAUUAAGGCUUCCAAUGCCAAAGUUAAGGUUCGUUAUCAGGACAUUCUGGAUGCAGUUGAUGAAACAAAGAAGCUUGAGGAGUGGAUUCCAGCAUGUAGAGAGGCUUCUGCUGAUGAAUUUGGUUUCAGAAUUCUUGGAAGGUCAAUGAUUCGGCCAUCCCAACAGUCUAGAGAAUGUGAAGUUCCAAAGGUUGUUGAUGCUGGGACUGUUGUGGAUGCUUGGUGGAAUGAUGGGUGGUGGGAGGGCAUCGUGGUCCGCGGAGAAUCUGAAGGCAGACUGCUUGUCUAUUUCCCAGGAGAAAAACGAGAAUUAGUCUUCCCACUUGGGGACUUGAGACAUUCCCGAGAAUGGUCAGAAAAUAGAUGGAUUCAUAUACGGAAUAGAGCUGAUAUCAUCACUGCAAUAUCGCCUCAUUUGCGGAUGGAUCAGCAUGUGGGGGGACAUCGCAGUAAUGAGGCUGUUGAAGCUGCAAUUAAGGACUGUAAGACAUCAAGAAACAAUGAGGCUGGUUGUGAGAAUCCUUUGAAUCAUCGGCCGUACUCUCAAUAUGAUGGGGUAGAUGAGUCGCUGGCUGUUCCAGAUCUUCUGAAGGAUGAUUCUCUUGCUCAUUUGAAAUGGAAGGUUUCAAGGAAGAGAAGUCGAAGUGGUGGGAGCUCUUCCUCGAAGGUACAGUUUGAUAAUGACUGUAUGAGCUCGCCGGAGAUGGGAAUCUGUACCCGUGCGAGGUUUUUGAUAGAUGCCACCCUGAAAGUUGAGCACGACAACUGCAAGUUUGCGGGUGAUUCACUUUUCAGUUCUUCAGUUGUGCCGACGCUGACAAGCUUGGUCAUGUCCAGGUGAAAGGCCACCAGUGUCUAUCACCUGGUAAUGAAAAUGUAGUUGAGGUGCAGGUACGUCGGGAGGGCAAUAUUAUAUUGCCAAUGGAGUGGAAAGGACGAGGGAAGAGAAGUCACCGAAGACGGCGCAAUAACAGAGCAGGUAAAUGAUGGCAAUACAACCAGCAGUUUGUGAUUACUGAAGUUUUACUAUGGACAAGGUCGAUGAAUAUAAUCUCUUGAACUUCGGUCUAGUGUGCUGCUCAGGGUUUGAAUUCCAUGCCACAAUCCUGCGGGUCACUAAGUAGGUCUAGAUUUUUAAUACUUGUUCCAUGCUGUGCAUCAUUUCGAUGCGGCGCCAGGGUCCUUGACUUAGGUUGUUAAUAGGAAGAGUAACCGCAUCCAAUUCCUUUUUGGUCACAGUUUAUAUUUUACAUGUAACCACAGCCUGAGGGGGCCAUAGCCCAGGCAACAAUUUUGGGUGCAGUAGGGUAACCAUUAGGACUAAUUUUUGAGUCUGUUGAGUAUGUUGUGCAGGGGAUAUUAUCCUUUUUGCAAUCUGUACAUGACCUUUCUGUUAAUAAGAGUUGAUGUUGCGGUGAUUGAAUUGAA